GAUAGACGGUCCAGAUCAUCCACAACUUAGGUGGACCCCUCCUCUCCAGAGUUCUAUUCCGUGUUUACAGUUUUAGUUUAGCCCCACGAACAGUAGAGCUCCCGUUCUCCCCACCGGCGAUCCCAUCUGCAGUCAGCAGUUGCACACCCACCCGCGGACUUGGGAGCCCGAAGGUUUAUACUAUUCAUCUGAUUUCUGCAAAAAUAAUUAGAGAUGGAAAAAUGGUCCUCAAAUUUUUUUGUCGUUGUAUUUCUGGUGUUCAUAUCAGGCUUGCAAUCAGCAGUUGGUGUAAGAUUCGUGAUUGACAGGGAAGAGUGCUUCUCUCAUAAUAUUGAAUAUGAAGGGGAUACAGUUCAUGUCUCCUUUGUUGUAAUUAAGGCUGACGCACGAUGGCAUAUUAGUUAUGAUGGUGUAGAUCUUGUGGUAAAGGGACCUCUAGGUGAUCAAAUCCAUGAUUCGCGUGACAAGACAAGUGAGAAGUUUGAAUUCAUUUCUCAAAAGAAAGGGCUUCACCAAUUCUGUUUCACUAACAAGUCUCCUUAUCAUGAGACCAUCGACUUCGAUGUACAUGUUAGUCACUUUACUUACCAUGAUCAACAUGCUAAAGAUGAGCACUUCAAGCCCUUGUUGGAUCAGAUAGAGAAGUUAGAGGAAUCUCUAUACAACAUACAGUUUGAGCAGCACUGGCUAGAAGCUCAAACUGAUCGCCAGGCAAUAGUGAAUGAAGCAAUGAGCCGAAGGGCAGUCCAGAAGGCCGUAUUUGAAUCUGCAGCACUCAUUGGGGCCAGUGUUCUCCAGAUUUACCUCCUGCACCGGUUGUUUGAACGGAAGUUUGGCACAUCCACCAGAGUUUAAAAUUUAAGGUAGCGUUUAGGUUAUAAAAGGUUUAUGUACUUAUUCCUUCCCUCUCAAGUUCAAACAGAAAGCUACAGUUGAUAGAAGAAAAACAAAAGCAGAGACUCUUCUGGCCCAAUCCAAAUGGGAUCGGAUUACACUCUUCUGGACCCCAUUAAGAUACUGAUUCCUUGUUUUAGUACCCUGGUGGAUAGCAGUCUUUCUGUGUGGGAUUUUCAAAUUUUGAUGCAUUUGGCAUCGAGUAGUUCCUUUGUUGUGGUCUUUA